AUGAAAGCAGGCUUCCAAUCUGGAAGUUGGGCAAGCUCAUCUGGAUCAGGGAGUGGCCAAUACAAGUGGCGAGUCAAGGAAUCUACAUCUACCAUCACCACCAGAUCAGGAUUGAGGACGGAGGAUCCAUUCCCGUUCGAGUCAGAAAGUGAAAAGGAGUGGAAUUCGUCGACAGAGGAGAACCCAGGGUCGUCAACAGAACCAGAGCAUUCCGAGACCGAGGAGGAGGAGGACCCAGAUAUGGCUCAUCUGCUAGAUCCCGAUCCGGAAAUAGGGUCGCUCACCGCACAUCUUGACGGUGAACCCGCUCAUGCUAUAGUCUCGAACCCACGACGGAGGUCGAUCGACAUCAAGACGAAUUGGAAAUUGAGAAACCCCCUGGUCAAGAGGAAAGACAACUUCAACCGUACUACAGUCAGCCCUGCGAAGGGGAGUGUCAAGCUCAAGCAAAUUCGAUGGGAAGUUGGAAUCCCGAUGGAAGUUGGAAUCAAGGAAGACAGAGAGACGCUCCAUGGAGGACUCACCCAAACUUCAGAUGGACUGACCAUGAUCAAGGCCAGCCACCUCCACUUCAGCUCACGAAUUAUGCACACCCUCCGGAGAGGCAGUCCAACUGGUCAGGGAAAGGUCAAGAGGGACAAUUGCAGCUGGGGUACAGGAAUCAAGAUCAGACUAAUUGGGGAAACAGAAAUCAGAACAAUCCAGGGAGUUCCUAUGUGCCACCUCAUCAGAGAAAUAACCAAGGAAACUACCAGAAUUCCCAACCAAAUCAUCAAGGGAAUCAAGGGUCUGGUAGCCAGUACAAUAACCAUCAGGGAAAUCAAGGGUCGAACAACCAAUACAACAAUCAUCAAGGCAACUAUCGUCAGAACCAAGUUCAUGCAAGGUAACCUACACUCCAACAAUGACAUGGUGCACAAGUUACAAGAUGCUCAGUCUGAACAUAAAGCCGCCAUGGACAUGAUGGCAAAACAACUUUCUCAGAUCGCAGUUUCCUUGAAUGAGAUGCGAGGGAAUGAAGGAAAACUUCCUGCUACCGUCAAACCGCCGGACCGAGCAAACAUUAGUCAAAUCACCUUGAGGUCUGGGCGGGGUUAUGAAGGGCCGACGUUGGAAAUUGAUGAGGAAGUGCCUAUGCAAGCUAGUGAAGGGAAACAGAGUCAGCAACAUCAAGAGGAAGGCGCUAGACCGAGGGAAAUCCUUGUUCAGGGAGACCUCCAGAAGGGAGAUUUAGGGGGAUCCCUACCUCGAUCAAGGGACCCGUUCUUCCUAGACCCCGAACCUGAGGAAGUGAGUAAGGAAGGAAACAAGGGAGUUGAUGAAACCCAGGCUGGGACUUCCACAAAUGCAGUAAAGCGAGCAAAACCAUUUCCAUAUCCAAUGAACACAGCAGAAUUAACAGAUGAAGAACUCACAGAGGCCAUUAUGGAAUUCUGCAGAAGCCCUGAAUCAGCUAGAUCUAAGGGAUCAGCUUAUGUGGCUAGUCUGGAAAAAUCUCCUGGGUCUGGGAAGGAGACCUUACCAGAAAUUACAGACAAAAAUCCCUUGCCCCAGGAGACGAAUGGAACAAAAAAGGAGCUGAAGACACUUCCACCGGGCCUCAAGUACGCUUACUUGGAGGAGGAUGAGACAUUUCCAGUAAUAGUCAACAGCAACUUGACCAAGGAGCAAGAGAAGGAGUUAUUGGAAGUCAUCAAAAGAAACAAGAAAGCAAUAGGAUGGACUCUCUCAGAUUUGGUGGGAAUAAGUCCGGAUCUUUGUAUGCACCACAUUCGUUUAGAAGAAAGUGCGAAGGCUCAUCGAGAUGCACAACGGAAGCUGAACCCGAACAUGCGAGAGGAGGUCCUAAAGGAGGUAUUGAAAUUGCUUGCUCUAGGGAUCAUCUACUCCAUUCCUGACAGCGAGUGGGUCAGUCCUGUUCAUAUGGUACCAAAAAAAUCAGGAAUACAGGUUGUCAAGAAUGAGAAGAAUGAGUUGGUACCCACCAGAUUAGUGACAGGAUGGAGGAUGUGCAUCGACUACAGGAAGUUGAACGAAGCCACAAAGAAGGAUCAUUUUCCUUUACCUUUCAUUGAUCAGAUGCUGGAAAGACUGGCAGGCAAACAGUACUUUUGUUUCCUUGAUGGAUACAGCGGCUACUUCCAAAUCUACGUUAAUCCAGAGGACCAAGGGAAAACCACAUUCACGUGCCCCUUUGGUACAUAUGCAUACCGAAGAAUGCCGUUUGGAUUGUGUAAUGCACCGGGAACUUUCCAACGGUGUAUGAUGAGCAUUUUCUCGGAUCUGUUGGAAGUAUGCAUUGAGAUAUUCAUGGACGAUUUCACCGUAUAUGGGAACUCAUUUGAUACUUGUUUAGCCAGCCUUGAUCUAGUGUUACAGAGAUGCCAAGAGAAGCAUUUAGUGUUGAAUUUCGAGAAGUGCCACUUCAUGGUGACUGAAGGCAUUGUCCUGGGUCACGUGGUCUCUGAGAGGGGUAUUCAGGUAGACAAAGCAAAGGUGGAUGUGAUAUCAAAAUUACCAUACCCUACGAAUCAAAAAGAGGUGAGAGGUUUCCUAGGCCAUGCAGGGUUCUAUAGGAGGUUUAUCAAGGAUUUUGCAAAAAUCGCGCAACCACUCACUCGGUUGUUACAUAAUGAUGUGGAGUUCGUCUUUGACGAAGGAUGCGAAAGGGCGUUCCAGUUGCUUAAGGACAGGUUAAUAUCAGCACCAAUUAUCAGGGCACCAGACUGGAGCCAUCCUUUCGAGAUAAUGUGUGAUGCGAGCGAUUUCGCUGUGGGAGCUGUCCUAGGACAGAAAAUUGAUGGAAAAAGUUAUGUGAUCUUCUAUGCUUCCAAGACGCUGAAUCAGGCUCAGAAAAAUUAUGACACCACGGAGAAGGAAAUGUUGGCUGUCGUAUACGCGUUUGAAAAAUUCCGACCCUAUCUCCUUGGGUCGAGGGUUAUAGUCUUCACGGAUCACGCGGCGAUUAAGUACUUGCUGGCUAAGAAAGAGUCUAAGCCGAGAUUAAUCCGUUGGGUGUUACUCUUGCAGGAGUUUGAUUGGGAAGUAAGAGACAAGAAAGGAACGGAAAAUAGAGUGGCUGAUCACUUGAGCAGAAUACAUCAGGGGGAAACAGAAGAGGCCAUACCCGAUGCCUUCCCCGAGGAGCAUUUGUACCUUCUGGAGACAGAACCAUGGUUUGCCGAUUUAGCCAACUACUUGGUCACGGGAGAGAUGCCAAGUUCAGACGAGAUUUCCCGGGCCCAGAGGAUGAAGAUUAGAAGUGAAGCUAAAUAUUACUUUUGGGACGAUCCUUACCUGUGGAAAAUGUGCUCAGAUCAAGUGAUUAGACGCUGCAUUCCCGAAUGGGAACAAAGAGAUUCUAAUGGCCAGGCAGAGAUUUCUAAUCGCGAGAUCAAGGCGAUAUUGGAGAAAACAGUUAAUCCGUCAAGGAAGGACUGGAGCAAGAGACUCGGGGACGCAUUGUGGGCUUACAGAACUGCUUUUAAAACGCCUAUUGGAAUGUCGCCUUACAGACUUGUGUUUGGCAAGAUGUGUCACUUACCUGUUGGUAUUGAGCACAAGGCGUACUGGGCAGUGAAAGAAAUGAACAUGAAGCCGAUAGCUUGCGAAGAAGAAAGGAAGUUACAAUUGCAAGAAUUGGAGGAACUUCGGCUGGAGUCGUUUGAGUCUGCCAUGUGGUACAAAGAAAGAACGAAGUUAUGGCAUGAUAAGAAUCUCCGGGUCAAGGAACUUCAUGUGGGACAGAAGGUGCUCCUUUUUCAGUCUCGGCUCAAGCUAAUGCCAGGAAAACUGAAGUCUAAAUGGAUCGGCCCAUAUACCAUCAUCGGCAUCCGAGCAAAUGGAGCAGUGGAGAUCCAGGGAAGACAUGGUCGAGGGAAUUAG